UUGCGGCCAUCAUUUUUGUCAGGCAACUUCUUGCGGUCGUGGAGCUAGCGAGAAUGAUUAUCAUCUGUUUGCUUUGUUGCAAUGGUGAGUAUUAGGUACAACACUAGUAGCUAUAGAGGAAGCAGCAGCAUUAACAGCGGUGGGUUGAAGAUGGACGGAGUGACCAUGAUGUCUGUGGCCCAACCAGGAGCCAUGCCAGGGAUGGAUGUCAAGUGCUGCAGUGAGUCUCCAAAAGCAUUGAAAGAAGAUAUCUGCUCUUUCAGUUUGGGAGAUUCAAGCGAGCGGCUGGAGGAUAGCCGGAAGCGGAAAGGAUGGAGUGACGAUGAUGAUGACGUUGUGCACAAGAUGCCCAAGUACAAUGUCUAUGAAGAUGGGGUGACGGGAGGAGGGGCGUUGAUGAGCACCAAGGACAUGCUGUUGGAUUCAGAUCCAUUGUCGAACAUCAAGUUCGAUUUUGGGGAGGAGAAGAUUUACGAGGACGUAAGUCCGCGCGAUCCUAGCAUGUAUUUUGCCACGGAGACCGUGAUGAUGGAGCAGGAAAGGCGACAGCAAAGCCCAGGGAUGAAGUCCGUGGGUGGGAUGGAAGAGGAUUUUCUGUUUGGAAGAGGGAUGAGAACGGUAGAUGUAGAUUGUAGUCCUUCGUUUGGUGCCAAGCACAGUGCCUACACACCCGGUGAGAUGAUUCGGUGGAGCUCGUUGGAGCUGAAAAUGCCUUGGGAAGAAGAAAAGACAUUUGUGAUGCAGGAUGCAGGAAAGUUGCCACAGUCAGGCGAGCUCGAGGAUAACAGUCCCAUAGCAGAAGAACGAGGCGAGGAACCAUGUCUCGAUGUCGAUCCGGACAUGGAUGCUGAUGAUGUGCCUGAAGUUCUGACAGGUUUUGACGAUAAGGAUGCAGACAAAGAUCACAUUAACAGGGAACCAGAGCACGGUUGGGGUCUGCCGUUUGACGUGGGCGAUGAGGUUGAAUCUAGGUCCUUUCAACAAGGGUUCCGUGGGGCAUGGUUUGAGUGCAAGGUUGUGAAGAAGGAAAUAUGGCAGGGCCGAAGGCGGGCCAAGUUGUCCUACAAAGAUUUUUCUGCCGAAGGUGAGCACUGGGUCUGUGUCUAUCAGGUAAAUCACACGAUCCGCAAGAAUCAGGACAAACAGAGGAAGGAGCUGAUGAUUCGUCCAAAGCCACCACCUCAAGUACUUGAAGGGAACGAGGACAGCCUAGCUGGCAUGCAAGGCAUGGCUGUGAUUGCAAAGCCAAAAUGGGAGGUUGGAGACUUGGUCGAUGCUCGGAUCGACUGGUGCUGGUGGACUGGGCGAGUGAAGAAACUCAACCCGGAUGGCACACUUGUGGCAGAGGUGGACAUGAGGUCGUCGGAGGAGGACAUGAAGUCGUCGGAGGUGGAGGAGAAGUGGCGGAGGCUGAGAGGAGAUGGCGGGAGGAGGCGGACGGGACGUGGAACUGGCAGAGAGGAGAUGGUGGGAGGAGGCGUACGAGAGGUGGGCGGAGGCAGAGGAGAAGCGACGGAGCGGAGAGGGAAGAGAGGAGCUGGCGGGAGGAGAUGGACCGGAGGAGAUGGCGGGAGGAGGCGGACGGGAGGUGGCCGAGGCGGAGGAGAAGUGGCGGACGUGGAGAGGAGAUGGCGGGAGGAGGCGGACGGGAGGUGGCCGAGGCGGAGGAGAAGUGGAGGAGGUGGGGAGGAAAGAGAGGAGAUGGCGGGAGGCGGGGAGGAAAGAGAGAGAGGAGAUGGCGGGAGGAGGCGGAUGGGAGGUGGCGGAGGGGGGGAGGAAAGAGGGAGAGGGAAUGGCAGGAGGAGGCGGGAGGGAGGACGGCGGAGGCGGAGGAGAAGUGGCAGAGCGGAGAGGAAAGAGAGAGAGGAGAUGGCACGGAGGCCGAGGGGAGAUUGGCGAUCCCAAUGGGGGGAGGGAGGUCGGCAGAGGCUGAGGGGAGGCAGCAGAACGAAGGCCAGAGCAGAGGGAGGCCUAGGCGGAGGAGAAGUGGCAGAGGUAGAGAGGAGAUGGCUGGAGGAGGCGGACGCGGAGGUGGAGGAGAAGUGGCGGAGGUGGGGAGGAAAGAGGGAGAGGAAAUGGCGGGAGGAGGGUGGAGGCAGAGGAGAGGCGGAGGAGAAGUGGCCGAGGUGGGGAGGAAAGAGGGAGAGGAAAUGGUGGGAGGAGGGCAGAGGCAGAGGAGAAGUGGUGGAGCGGAGAGGAAAGAGAGAGAGGAGAUGGCGGGAGGAGGAGGACGGGGAGGUGGGCCGAGGCCGAGGGGAGAUUGGCGAUCCCAAUGGCGGGAGGGAGGGAGGGAGGCGGAGGCCGAGGGGAGGUGGGCGUGCACCGUUUUUUUUUUUUUUUUUAAGGCGGAACGGGAACGGAUGCCAGAUUGGAGAGGUGGCGGAGGCGGAAAGGAGAUGGUGGGAGGAGAUGUCGGGAGGAGAUGGCGGGAGGAGAUUGGCGAUCCCAAUGGCGGGAGGGAGGUCGACGGAGGGCGAGGGGAGGUGGGCGCGCACCCUUUUUAUUUUUUUAAAGGAGGGCAGCAGGAUGGAGGGUGUGCGGGCAGCGGAAUGGAGGCCAGAGCGGAGGUGGGCGGAGGCGGGGGAGAGGUGGCGGAGGCGGAAAGGAGAUGGUGGGAGAAGAUGGCGGGAGGAGGCGGAUGGGAGGUGGCGGAGGCAGAGAAGUGGCGGAGGCGGGGAGGAAAGAGGGAGAGGAGAUGGUGGGAGGAGGCGGAUGGGAGGUGGGCGGAGGCGGAGGAGAGGUGACGGAGGCAGAAAGGAGAUGGUGGGAGGAGAUGGCAGGAGGAGGCGGACGGGAGGUGGCGGAGGCGGAGAGGAGAUGGUGGGAGGAGGCAGGCGGGAGGUGGAGGAGAAGUGGUGGAGGCAGAGGAGAAGUGGUGGAGGCGGGGAGGAAAGAGGAGAGGAGAUGGCGGGGGGAGGCGGACGGGCGGAGGCCGAGGGGAGAUUGGCAAUCCCAAUGGCGGGAGGGAGGUGGGUGGAGGCGGACAGGAGGUCGGUGGAGGCCGAGGGAUGGUGGGCGCGCACCAAUUUUUUUCGUUUUUUUUUAAAGGAGGGCAGCGAAACGGAAGCCAGAGCGGAGGUGGGCGGAGGCAGAGAGGAGAUGGCGGGAGGAGAUGGCAGGAGGAAGCGGACGGGAGGUGGGGGAGGCGGAAAGGAGAUGGCGGGAGGAGGUGGACGGAAGGUGGCCUUUCCAAAGCCCCCUGAUGGUGAAGCCGGCGAGGAUACCGUGGAGGCGAAGUAUGUCAGGGCUUCCAUCGAUUGGGUUAAUGGAGACUGGAGCAUAAGGACAGUGAAGGGUGGAACGGACAGAACGCCGUCUGGGAGACUGGUUCAGCUUCCGCUGGAGUCGAGACAGCUGCAGAAGACAACUGGAGGUUCAGGGUUUGGCGGUGAUUCCGAAGAAACUGGAAUGAGGACAAAGUAUAGCAGAAGAUUGAAAUCCCGAAAGUUCCACAAUGGGGUGUUCCAACAUGAGCCAUCAGACAGUGAGAACCCAGAAGGUUGGGCCACAAUGGAGGACCUGGCAAGGAAUCCACCACGCCGUUCUAAAGUGACGAAGCGCGUGGUUGACUGCUCGUCGUCUUCACGCUCGAAAUUCGUUGCCAAACAGAAAGGAGAAACACACGUGCAACCACAGCAGAGUACUGUGAGUGUAAUGACCAUUUCAGAUGACUUAGAGGGCAAGGACUCCAGGCUCAAGCCCAGGCCCUCUGGAGAUGAGGGGUCUCCUCAAGUCACAGGAUCUGAGCAGGAGUCGGAGCGAGCCGUGCGCGAGUGGCCAGUGCAUGAGGGAGGUGAAGUCCAGCAAGGAUCAAAGAACCACACUGGUAACCAAUCAAUAAAGCAAGCAUCCGCACAACUGGAUGCGACUGGUCUCCAAAGUGGCGAUCAAGCUGCUUUAGUAAGUGUGCCAAGACCAUCUGGAGACGAAAGGUCUCUUCAGACUUGGUCUGCACAUUGUCCGCCUGACUCUGAAGAACGAGGAAGUCAGCUAUAUGCGCCAAGGAGACCUGCAUCCUCACAAACCCGGGAGCUGGCCAACGGUGAGGGUGUUGGGGAGCAGCAAGGAACUGAAAAGUCGAUUUCACUGAACGAAAGUCGAGCCAGUCGCAAGCAACUUGGGGCUAAAGACGAUGCUGAAUUAAUCCCAUUGGACAUAAAGAAAGAACCCGAAUGUUCCCCUGUAACUCCUACAGUUGGCCCUGCAAGCCAUUCUGGAAGUGGUGUCAUGUGUGGGGCUGGGGAUACUGUCAGAGAUUGGGGUCUGGUGGAGGACCAGACAAGGGUAUGUAAGACUGGAGAGCGGCCGUGGACAGGGAUCGCAUCGAGAGAGUUCAGAACUGAAGGCAGAGGUUCUCUCUGCAGUCAUUCUGUGGAUACGAGCUCGUACACUGCAGGUCUGGAUAAGGUAUCAGGCAAAGGUAACGAGAAGUUGAUCGACGAUGUGCUCCAGAGGUCUUCCCGAGGCCACCAUCACGACGAGCAUGGUAAGGAAGAUGUAACUGAAGCCACAUCAGGGGCACUGAGGGGAGCGAUGGAAAUCAAUGCUGCUGAAACGCUUGGUAAAGAUACUGCCUUUAGACAGGGAAGUUCCCGACAGGAAUUCCUUGAAAAAGAACAGACGCAAAUCCACGUUGAAGAGGACUUCUGCGUGACGAGCAGUGUCGCCCGCGCAAGGGCACGGGAUGAGGAUGAUGACUGUCUCACUGCAGUGGAUUUCAAUGUGUUUCAGAAGACGACUGAACAUGGAGCUAAUGGCAUACAUAACGAAAAGCUCUCUGGGCCAAUAGCUCACAUCCGCAGGGAAAUCAGGCCCUCAAGGAAGGGCCUUUCAGUUGGGGCAGCUGGAAUUGGCGGUACAAAGAGGAGCCGUCAAGUUGUUGCAGGAAGGGAUGGGAACACAUCAGCAGGCAUGCUGGAAAAAGAUGAAUACUUCCAGAAAGGGGGUGAUGCGGUUGUGAGCGCAGGAGUUGCAAAGGUAAACAGGAACCAUGGGCCAUCCGCUCGGAUGGGAAGAGGUUCGUCUAGCCGAAGAGAGAAGGGGUACUCUUCGCCGAAACCACCUGGGAGAAGAUACAGACGAAAACACUUUUUCAGCCGGUUUUGGCUUGCUUCAGAACAGCGAGAGCUGUGCUUGGGGCCAUUUGUCAAUCAGGCGGCUGCACAACAUGCGUUCGAGGCACUCUCCAAGUGCGCUGGCUUUAUUGGCUCUGAUAGCAUUGAAAACAUGUCGGAACGCCGAUGUGGUGUUUUCUACCGCCUUUUCGAUGGAGGAACUACAUACGUUGGUUCAGAAAAGGUAGUAGUUCCGGAAGAGGAAAAGGUGGUGGUGGAUGGGAGGCGUGUGGCCCAUAACAAUACCCCCGCAGAGCUGCUGAAUGGUGGCGAGGCAGUCGAGCACAUGAAGGGGGAUGACAUUUCAAAGCUUACUCGGUGGGAAAGGAUCCUCCAAGUGACAGAAAAAGCCGCAAAUUCACCAUCUUCAAAUGGCGACAGGAUGGAACGGGACAAGGUUGUCCCCUCUAGCUUGGACCUCAAUGUCCCAAGCCUCGAAAUGACAGCCAACGCACGUUGUGAUGGAUUUGAAGAGAAACAGGACUGGAACGCUGCCCAUGGGAAGCAUCAGGCAAGUACCGAAGGCAGGACUAGUGCAGCAUUGAGAGGUGCUGAGGUGCAGACAGAGGCAGUGGCAGGAAGACGGUCCAGCGGGAUGGAGUUAGCAGCGAGCACCAUGGGGGAUAAGCUCCAUAUUAAUGAUGGGCUUUCCAGUAAUGAUGUCUUGACUGGUGAGUAUCCAGCGAAUACCUCCCAGAUCAGGAGGUUUCAGGUCAAGGAGCGGAGGAAGGGGGAAGCUAUGUGUCAAACAAGACUUGCAGAAACGCAGGGGGCAACCAGAGACUCGGAGCAGGUACAGGCUAGUGAUGGGGUCGACACCCUAUUGUUUGCCGGCAGGGAGCAAGCCGUUAGCAUUGAAAAGACAGGCGGGGUGCUGGCGGAGAUGGAUGGCAACCUGGUGGAGGCAGGGAAUGAGGGAGAAGGAGGCCACCCAAGAGGUGCAGAGGAACUUGAUGAUGAUAGAAGAUGCACUAGGAAAAGGCACCAAGGUUCUUCGGGGGGGAAUGCUGAGAAGUACAGUGUUCCAGAGGACCAGCUAGUGUGGAAAGUAUGCUCAGGAAGGAAGAGGUUUGCGCAUGUGAUUUCCUACAGAGGAGUGUAUAUGCACAAAGAUGGUUGGUUUUACUACCGGAGUAGAGUCCACGGGGGGUCCCGUAUCCGCUACGGGCGGUACUCGACCGCAGAGGAGGCGGCACAUGGUUACGAUGAGCAUGUGAAAAAGUUUCAUGGAAAGAGUGUGCUGAAUUUCCCAGAGGGUAAGAAGAGAUCAAUGAAUGCAAGGAGCCCAGGGCCCAAGCAUGCGAAGGACUGGCAGGUGGAAGGGGCCAUGAUUACAGGGCGAAUAGGAAAGCCACUGGGAAAGCCAAUGGUUGGGGCCGGAGAGGAAGGACCCAGUCUGUCAAGGCUAUCAAGCAGAAGGGGCAAGGGAAUGCGGAAGCACGUGGACGAGCUUGAAGAGGAGGUUGGCCUGGCAGCAUCUGCAAUGAAUGCCAAAGAAGUUGGGCGGAGAAAGAAGUGGAGGGGAGCAGGUGUUCAUGCAGUGAAAGGCGGGAUGGACAGAGGGAGCCCUAGUCUGGAUGUUUAUCCUGAAGUUUCGAUAUCGGCUGAAGCAGUGCGAAGAGCGAUUGCAAAAGGAGGGAAAGAGGGCCAAGGGGCUGAUGAAGCACUGAACAAGUUGCUUAGGUCGUUACUUACGGAGGUGGCUCUGAAGGAUGGUAGGAGGGUUGUAGGAAAGGAUAACGGGAGCAUGGAAGUGGAUGGUGGUGGUACAAUGCUAAGCGGCGAUGGACUUACUGCAGGUGACAGGUCAGACCUGCUGAGGCAACGUGAAGGCCUACUGCUCCAGAAAGCAGGUGCGCUUGGAAAAGAGAAGGCAGUACCGGGCACUGAGUUACAGCCAGUGCUUUUGGGAUGUGCUGGAGAAAAGAAGGCGGGAGAAAAACCACGGCGUGGUGGCCGGAGGAAGUUCAAGGGUUGGGGACGAAAAGGCAAGAGGUGUGGACCAAAGAAGAAAGCCUCAGAUCUGCAGGGUUCAGACGAUUUGGCAGAGGUAUCUGGACAUAUGGAAAGCACUUCAAAGGUAGUGCAGAGGUUGGAGCAUUAUGGAGAGAACAUGACCAGACAUGCAUCACCGAACUCCCCACGGGAAGAAGCAGCUCUUCGAGCAACUGCAAAUGCCAACAACGUCCAAAUGGUGGCUGAAGCAGCUGCGGCACGGACUAACCAUGAUAACCAGGCAACAGCGGAGGGGCCUGUGCCUGCUGCUGCGACACAGGAUGCUUAUCAACGGCAGGAAUUGCAGGAUGAGGGUCAGGCAGCAGCAGCACUUCUUCAAGCUGGGGGGAGAUCGGUGUAUGAUGAUGAUCAACGAGUAAAAAGGAGGUGUGCGCGUGCUCGUUUUACGUCAAAUAUUCCUUGUGUGUGGGACACUCCUGUUCGGAAGGACUUUUUCAAUCCAUUCAAGGGAUGCACUCCCGGUGGAAUGCCUCCAGGCAGCGGAUGCACGCUUGACCGGGUCGGCAGCCCAUUGAUAGGAGAGUCAUCAAUCAUUCAGAGGAUAAUCGAUGACGAAUGCAGAGGUGUUCCUGCACUGGGAGGGGAAGGCUCGACGGUGCCAAGGGCACCUCCUUGUCAGAUGGGCCUGUCUGAAGCAGGGGGUCGUUUCUCGCAGGAGAAAACUGAGGGUGGCGAUGGCAUGUUCUCCCCCCAAACCCCUUGGUUUUCAAAUCCAGUGUUUCCGAAAUCGUCGUUUCCAUCCCACUCUGAUAAGUCGUCUCCUAUGCAUGCCUCGGAUGGAAUGGAAAAUCGUGACACCAUACCCUGGCCACGCCACCACAGUUCAAGCUUGACAGAGGUAGCAGCCAACCCCCUCUUGGAUCCUGAUACAGCUGCUGCUGGACCAGGCACCCCCUCGCCACCUGUUGAGACAGUUGUGCAGGUUGACAGUGCUUCCGAUAGCAUGGUGACAAGUCGGGUGGACUGCGCUUUGGCUCAAGGAUCUGAUGUGGGUGUGCGGGCUUUGCAGUCACAGCCGUUUAUCCCCCGGAUGUUUCAGCAAAUGUCCUCGGACGUGCCCAGAAGAAUCACCAGCGAUAUGUCCAGGAUGGGUGAAAGGGGUAGAGCAGGCGAACUCACAGAAGGAACUACAGAUGACAACAUGAGAAGAGGCUCAGAAGAGAUGUGGAAUGUGAACAUUUACUAUGAUGGGAUAAAGAAGCAUAGUACUGGCUGGUUUAAUGAUUACUCAAAUGCGUUGGACGCGAGGGAUGCAAUGAUUGACAGGAUUCGGAAGAUGGGUGACGAAGAGCUGGGAACAGCUGUGCAGGGCAGCCCUGCAACAGCUUCAGGCAGUAAAAAUGAAGCUAAGGGGGCCGAAAGAUCUGGCGAAAUGACUAACCAUCAAACUAUUGAGUGGGAAUUAGUCGAUUCAGCUGGCAACAUAGUAUGUUGUGGAAGCGAGGAGCUGGAGUGGAAAGAGAAACCGACCCUUCCAUUCGAGAACGGGAGUGAUAGAAAAGCACCUGAGGGCAUUCAGCGAGGUCGUGCAGAGGUUGGAGAAGAGAUACCAGGAAAGCAGAAACAGGAAAUGGUUGUGGGGAGGGAUGACCUGUUGGGGAAUCCGGUAGAAGUGGCGAGGGAAGCAGGACCAGAGGACCAAGAAGUGCAAGAGGGGACGGCACUUGGAGAAAGGAUGGAGGGGAAAAGGAUGGAGGUUGGAGGAGGAGGUAAUCAAGAAGUGGGGCAACUUGAACGACAGGAACGAUGGGAGGACGGCAGGGAAGGCGUGGUGGAGGGAGGAGAAGUGAAUGAGAGAUACAGGACUGUGGAGGGAGAGCCUCUCAAGAAGCAAGGAAUGCAUGGUGGAGGGGCAGAGAUGCAACCGCAGCCUUUGGACGAGGUAAGACAUGGAGAAAGGGUAGAGAAAUGGAAGGGGAUAGAGAGGGCAGGGGAAGAGGCGAGGGACGGUAAGCAAUGUGAAGAGAGGAACUGCGCUGGGAAGGUAGAAAGGCAAACAGAGGGAGAUGCGCAGUGCCCACAGGAUUCUGGGAGAAUGCAGAGGAGGAAAGGAGUUGAUCCCGUGGACAGGCAAGCACAGAGUGAGAAAACAGAGGCGGGUGAAGAGGAGUUCAAGGGGGCGAAAAGUGAUGGACGGGGAGAAAGAGUAGUACUCGAUGGGGAACGAGAGGAGAAAAUCCAGGAACGAAUCGAGGGAAGAAAGUUGGCACGAGGAGAUGGCAAAGAAGAUGCUGACAGACGUCCAGAAAAUGAUGCAGAGGUCAGAACGGAAGGAUUGAGAGGCGGGCAGGAGGGUAAUGAACCUUCAUGGAAGGGGAUUGCCGGUCGGAACGAUGGCUGGCUGAGGAGAAAAGAUGGUGGACAAGGACAGGACGAGGGGUGUGAUGCCGUGGCCCUUCAAGACAGCAGAGGUCAUUUUGGAUUAGUCGAGGCUACUCAGGAUGGAUGGCGGAUGAGAGACGGACGGAUGCACGAGGAUAUGGGCGGUCUGGAGGGGCUUCAAGACCGGGGAGGCAGUCUUAUACCCCCUGCUGAUGCGAGCAAAGGAUGGCUGAGGAAAGACGGGCAAAGGAAUGAGCAAAUGAGUCAUCUGGAGGGGAUUCAAAGCAGCCUUUCCAAUCUCAGACCAGCUGGUUGUUAUCAGUAUCCAGAGGUGUGCCCAGAUGCUGGCCUUGGUGAAGAUCAAAGAGGCCAAAUUGAUGUGAAGCCUGGUUUGAAUAGAGGAAAAUGCUCAGAUCACAAUCUUCCGUCCAUGUUGGUUGAUUCAGUUGGGUCAUGUUUAGUGCCUGACGAGGGCCGGACUCGGCAAGGGAACCGUGAUGACAGCCUACUUCCUCUCACAGAGAAGGGUGGAAGGAGAAAAGGCCAUAUUCCUGCAAAGCAUCGCAGGGCUCUCUGAGGUCGAUCUUGUGACAGGUGAUGCUGAACCCCAUAUUUAUCGCUGAGCAAGUGCGAUACUUGUUUUUGUCCACCCCUCUGCUGGUCUCUUGGUUCCGAUCAAAGCUUGAAAGCGUACUGUGAAAGGUCUCAGCGCCCACACGCCGCCUUCCAAUGUGCAAAUCGUCUCUUGUGCACCUGGUAUAGCGCCACACGUUUGGGCGCUUGCGCCUCACAAAAUCAGAAGCAGCCUCUGCUUCCGUCUUUUGUGUGUUGUGAGCUGAGCCGCAGUGGGCUAUUUUGACUGGUUGGUUUUGUCAGUAUGUGCGUCGGACAUUCAUUCAGUUAGCAGGUCGCUGCAAUUGUUUUCUUCCAGCAGGAAGUUGCUGUGGCAUUUCCUGUUGUUAUUCACGAAGUCUUUCCAACAUCAGAUUUUGUGUUAUGCCGUUUUUUCUUCUGCCGGUUCUUGCAGUAGACAAAUUCCUGAUGAAGUCGAAGGCACAUGACUAUGAAUUACCUGAGUCGCAGCACAGUGCUUCGCAAGCUUGAUAGAAUUGGCAGGUGGUUGGCGGGCUGUGGAAAUCAGCUGAGCUUCUCAUUCUUUCGUUGAAGUUUAAGGGCCAAGCAGACGGUGGUUCAUGGUGUCCUUCAAGCUUUUGCGGCAGUUGUUUUCCUGUUCAUCCAAGUUCUCUGCCAGUUGACGAGCAAAAUGGGAUUUCUUCCGUGUGUGGACUCAGAUCCUGUGGUGUUCCCAUUUGAGUGACGCACCGCAGAAGCUCGGUACGUCUUCACUUGAUCCUUCCAGCCUCGAUGGGCUGCAGAUGUUGUUUGGGUUUUGCUGACUGUGUCCAUACACAUGAAAACUCACCAGAAUAGGAAAACGUCCGGAGUGUGGGUGGUAAGCGUAGACGGACGGAGGGAGGGAGGCGAACCCCUCACAGACUGAUGCCAACGUCUUUUUCUUGCGUAUCGAGCCACUGUAGCAGUGUCGUUUUUUUUAUUAGGUUUUUGUGUUCAUCUGUUAUAUUGCCAGCAGUUGAUACAGUUCAUGUAUCUGGUGUUCAAUUACCAGCACCUCCUGUCCUCUGGUCAUGUUUAGUUUCAUGCCAAUCUGGAUUCUACACACACGGUCGCAGUCAGAGCUGUUUGCAAGCUUGCCAAAUGGAAACACCAAGGCGCACCUGUCCUCUGGUCAUGCCUGGUUUCUUGCUUAUCUUGUCUUGAUUUUGCACACUGGGUCACAGUAAUAGAUGUUUCCGAGCUCAAGAAAAGGAAACACCGAGGUGGAUCUGCACGACAUCGUCCGAGUGAGAGAAUGCCCACCUUCACGGCAAUCAUUCAGACUGGUAUCGCAUUGAGAAGCGCCCAGUUGACUGCUAGCAAAUGUAGUGAGAGAAAGGACACAGUCGUCAUCGUGGUGGUGGCCGGAAAAGAAAGGACCGAGUUAUAGAAGCUUCCUUAAGGGCCAAGCUCAUGUUAUAUAUCUUCUUGAGUGACUGCUAAUGUGAAUUGAUUUGGUGGGUCACUGUGGCACCCAUGUAUGUAGAUUGACCAUUGGUUUGAACUGGGGUUCCCUCAGGGUUUCAUGGAGAUGGUGUACAUGCCUGAUGCACAUUGAAAGCGCUCAGCCACUGUUCAACAUUAGGAGGCCUCCAUCUAUUGCUGUGUCGGGUCAGAACUGAAGCUCUAUGUGCACGGUAUCCUUCUUGGAGUGUGGAGUCGAUCCGUCUGCAACAUGUGACACUACUCCCAAGGGGCAAGGUACGUAACGAAUGUGCUUGUUCAUCAAGAGUAACCAUCUUGUACGAGCUGGCUGUAAUUAAACUUGAAGAGAAGAAGUCCGUCAUUGUGAUAUAUGUACGAUGGUCAUACGGAGCCGAGCAAGCCUCUCAUUCUGCACAGCAACACUCUCCUCCUGCCUAAGGAAGGAAUUUUGCGCUGUCCAUUCAUUGCCAUCCUUGUAAGAUGGUAGGUAGUCAUGCCCAGAGGCUAUGUACAUCUUGUAGCUAGCGGAAUAGAAUUAGUGGAUCCACACCAGGUCACAUCAGAGGCGAAGAGGGGAUCGCACAUCCUUCAGCGCACUAAGGAAAUGUCGCCUGGUAGUUGGAGAUUCUGAGCGGGAAGUAGGAUGCAGCCGGAAACUGUUGAAGCGGAAUGAGGUUUUGCAUGUAAAGUGGAGUGGAUUUUUUCUCCUUUUCAGAACCUUUCCUUGGAGCUGGUGUUUUGAUCACCAAGUCAGGUGAUCAAAACCCCGCGAAUCGAGCUGGACGUCAUGAAGCGGUAUGGAUUCUCCCUUCGAGCACCUUUCCUUGGAUCUGUUUCGGUCAUCAGGACAGUUGAUCAAUAACCUGCACAUCCAGUUGCACGUCAAGCAGGGUGGAUUUUUUCACUUUUCCAGCGCCUUUCCUUGGAGCUGUUUUGAUCAUCAGGACAGGUGAUCGAAACCUUGCAGAUCGCGUUGCACGUAAAGCAGGGUUGAUUAUCUUACCCUCUUUGCCUGUCCCUGGAGCUGUUUUGAUCAUUGAAAAAGACAGGUGUGUAAGGCCUGCGUCUUCUUCCUCUGCGUUUGUGUACUCCCAAGUGAUCCAUGAUGGGAAGUACCAGACACAAGUACCAGAGGAAAGAACCAGUGGAGAGUGUCAGAGGGGAAGGUCCCAGGGGAAAGUACCAGAGGAAAGUACCAGAGGAAAGUACCAGGGGAAAGUACCCAGGGAACGGUGUAUUACAAGAUGGUGCCAAAGGAAUGGAUGGCAACAUUUUUCUUUUGUGAUUGAAAGUUUGACUCCAUUGUGUGCGUUGUGAUGUUGUUGACUGGUGGAUCCUGAAGGCGGAGAGCAUGUGGCUGUUGGCUCUUCUUUUGCUUUUCUUUUUUUUCUUUUUUUCCCCCCCAAAAGGGGGUAGGUAACCAACCCCUAACUAAGGUUAUUGUAUCCACGA